AUGCUUCGCCAACUACCACGGCGGCUGUCGCCCCCACUUUCGCCCUCUCAAGAUGUUGCAGCCACUCCGCUCUCUGCUUGCGACUUUAGUGCCGUGACGCCCAGCGAGUGUGCGGUGGACUCGCAAGUUUUCAGAGUCCAGCUCGCUCAAGGCACCAACAUUGACGAGGCUACUUCCAGUCAAGAGCGAGCAACACCUGUCUCCAACCAAGACGACGUUCAUGGAGAUGAGAGCGAAGAGGACGAAGAUGAACCUCUCGAGGACAGUGAUGCUGAGGACUGGGGCCCCGACGACGAUCCUGAUGACGUAAAAGUCGUCAUUGGAGAAAGCGCUGGAAGUGAAGUUGAGGAGGACAUAAAUAUCAAUUUGAUUGAGAGCGAUGUUCGCCAGUGCGUGACGGACCUGAUUACUGGAGACGAGUGCGAGAUGGGUUGUCUGAAGGGAAAGUCACGCGAGCUGGAAUGGCUCAUGUGCUCUCUUGGCCAGAUGACCAAGUCGGAGAAGACGACGUGCAUCUUAACUCUGGUGGGCGUCUUGAUGCAGACGGGUACCGCAACUAGACGUCGUGGCAAGGGUGAACGCCAGAAGUUUCACUAA